AUGGCUGCUUCCUCCGACGCUCCUUAUGAUACGCAACGGUUUGCCGACGAAGUGCGCGAGGCUGCCGACUUUGUGCGCGGCGUGCUGGGCGAGGCCGAGGUGGCCCUCGUGCUCGGCAGCGGCCUGAACGGCUUCAUCGACGUGCUCGAAGACCGCAAGGAGCUGCCCUACGCCGAGAUUCCCCACAUGCCCACCACCACCGUCAAGGGACACUUUGGUCGGUUGGCCUCGGGCAAGGUUGGCGGGCUCAAGAUCUUCUGCUUGGCCGGCCGAUCGCACGCGUACGAGGGCAAGAACAUGUACCAGCUGACGUUCACGGCGCGUCUGAUGCGCGCGCUCGGCUGCCAGAUCCUCAUCGCCACCAACGCCUCCGGCGGGUGCGGCGAGGGCAUGGUGCCCGGCUGCCUGAUGGUCAUCACCGACCACAUCAACCUGUUCCACCGCAACCCGGUCGCUGAAACUUUUGAGGAUCGCGCCCUGGGCGUGCGCCGACCGGACCUCUCCACACUCUACAGCCCGCGUCUGAGGGAGAAGGCGCUGAGCACGGCCGAGAAGCUCAAACUCAAGCUGUUCCAGGGCGUCUACGUGAGCGUGUGCGGCCCGUGCUACGAAACCCCGGCCGAGGUCCAGUCCGGCCGUGCCCUCGGCGGCAGCGCGUUCGGCAUGAGCACGAUUCCGGAGGUGGUUGCGGCGCGCAGCGUGGGCAUGGAAGAGUUCAUUCGGGGCAUCAGGCCCGAGGUCCAGCCGGAGCGUGCCUACAACGCCACAUUCCUCCCGCGCAAGCACGAGGACCCCGAGGCCAACUUUACCGCGCCGCUCCCGCCGCCCAUCAUCGCGCCGGCCACCGGCGCCCAAGUCAACGCCGCCGCCGACUACGUGCUCGCCCAUGGGGUUGGUGAGGGCAACACGCUGGCGGAUGUGGGUCUCUAUUUUGCGCCGAGCCACGGCGCGGGUCUGGUCAAGCGACUCACGGACGCUCGCGCCAUCCCCUACCGGGACAUCCCCCACUUCCCCUCCAUUAGCCCUUCCUCGCGACUGGGCGAGCUGGUGGUGGGCGCGCUGGCCGGGGGUCAGCGGGUGGUGGUGCUACACAAGAACGCCUUGGAGGGGUUCUCGUGCGAGGAGUCGGUCUUUGUCGCGCGCCUCCUCCGCGUGCUGGGCGUGUCCACUCUCGUUCACACCCUCAUCGCCGAAAAACGCGAUGCCGAAGCGAAGGUGGAUGACGUGGCGGUGCUGGUGGACGCGCUGGACUUCACGUCCAUCCACCCGUGGACCCACAACAACCCCCUGCGGCCCAUUCAGCACGCCCGCCUCUUCAACGUCCAGCCGCUCCAGGCCGGCGUGGCGAAGGCAUUCGAGGCGCAGGGCGUGAAGGUCGGUGAGGCCGCCUACAUGGCCUUCCAGGGGCCCUCGCUCCCGAGCAACGCCGAAGCCGCCAUCGCACACAAGAUCGGCUGCCCGCUCGUCGGCACCGCUUCACUUGGUCUGGUGUAUGCGUCGCGAUCGAACGGCAUUUCCGUGCUGGGCCUGGCCCAGCCCGCCGUAGUCAGCAAGGACACGCUGGCCAAGGUGCACGUGAGCAAGGCCAUCGAGUCGCUGCUGUCGGCCCACCCGCCCUCGCCCGCGCAGCCCCACCGCGAGGCCGCCGACCUCCCCGCCACCAUCUACACGCAGCAGCAGGUGACGCCCCACCUGGCGCGCCCUGUCACCCAGGGCGUGCCCGAGCACAUCCAGGCCGCGGCCGACCACGUCCUGGCCGCCGCAUCCGGAGGCCAGACUGGCUUGGCGCUGAUCGUGGAGGACGAGGCCCUGUUCCAGCCCUUCUCCGCGCACUUUGCGCAGCUGGCCGAGAUCGCCGACAUUCCGCACCUGCCCUCGGGAGUCCAACUCUUCCGCGGGGAGCUGAAGGACGGCGGCGCGUCGGUGUUUGUAUUCAAGGGCAUCCACUACGUGGCCGAAGGCCGCCCCUUCUCCGAAAUCGUCUUCCCCAUGCGCCUGCUGCAUGCGGUGGGCGUGACGCGCGUGGUGCUGGUCGGCCGGAGCGCGGCCUGCACCAGCAAGUUCGGAGGUCCGGGCGACGUCCUGAUCGUCAACGACCAUGUCAACUUCUCCGGCCGCAACCCGCUCUUCGGCCCCAACGACGACAAGUGGGGCGUGCGCUUCCCGGACAUGAGCAACGCCUACGAUCUGGCCAUCCGCAACGUGGCCCACGACAUCGCUGAGGCGGAGGGCAUUGCGGUCAAGCGGGCAGUGGUGGGCCUGUUCGUGGGACCCGUCUACCGAUCGCCGCUCGACUCGCGCCUCGCUCAACUCGGCGGCGCCGACGCCAUUACUACCGGGAUGGUGUCGCAGGUGGUGGUGGCGAGGCACGUGGGAAUGAAGGUGGGCGCCCUCUCGCUGGUGAGCGGAGCACUGGAGGCGACGGACGACGACCAGGCUCCCGCCGCCGGCCUCGAGCAGUCGGCCGCGCAGACGGCCCGGCUGGCGGCCCGCCUCCUCGCCCAGCUGGCCACCGCCGGCAAGCACCACACCGAUGCCGUGCCCGCCACGAACGCCCACUAA